GCUAAGUUUCUUAACACUUCUACAAUGGUAACUAUUUCCCCUCAUCUGGGCGUCUGGUGCACACGCACCGUCUUAUGGAGACACUGACCGGCCAAAAUCCGGCGCGCCCUUCAGAGAUAAUGAAACCUCCAGUGGAGAAGACAACACAUGAAGAAGGAAUUCCAUCAACAUCGAACUAUGUUGUAGCUCUGAAAUCUUCGACGAUUCCGGGCCCUUGUGCAAAUCGCUACGGCAACCCAGAGGUCAAAGCUCGUUAUUCCACACAUAAUGGGAUGCCGACAGUCAUCUUUAAAGCUUCUGACUACUAUGGAGUCAUGGCUGAGGAAUGUAGGCUCACAAUUGUAGAUGAUAUUGUAAUUUUUAGCAGUGGGAGUCACAGAUCCAUCAAGCUAAUAAUGCAUCAAAUUAAGAAGUAUGAACAAAGUUCAGGACAAAUGGUCAAUAAAGAAAAAUGUUUCUUUCUAACUGCACCAAAGACAUGAGCUACAAGAAUUAACAGAAUUAGAGACUGCACAUACGUCAUGGAUAAAGACUUCUCGUUUACAUAAUUGGGGUGCCCAAUUUAUGUAGGGAGAAAGAAAAUAGAAUACUUUGAAAAUAUGGCUCAGAAAGUUAUUAAGAAGCUGGAAGGGUAGAAUGUUGUCUCAUGGAGGUGGUUCUGAUAAAACAUGUCCUCCAAGCAUUACCGACCUACACUCUGAGUGCUUUAUCUCCGCCAAAGGGAACUUUUAAACUUCUAGAGAAACACUUCUCCAAUUUCUUCUGGGGCUCCACCGGGGAUCAAAAGAAAUAUCAUUGGAGUUCAUGGAUAAAUCUAUGCUAUCCUACAGAUGAAGGAGGGGUAGGGGUGAGGAGUAUGCAGGAAUUCAGUGAGGCAUUGGCUACUAAAGGAUGGUGGAGAUUCCGAUCAAUACAAUCACUAUGGGCGACCUUUGUGAAGCACAAGUACUGUACUAGAGCUCAUCCUACCUCUAAGGUAUGGGUUUCAGGAAAUUCCCAUUUGUGGAAGAGUUUGACACAAGUAAGAACAAAGGCCGAAAGUUUUAUGGUUUGGCAAGUGAACUUCGGCACAUGUAGCUUCUGGUGGGAUAAUUGGACGGGCAAAGAUCCUUUAGCAGCGGCGGUCCCUCAAACUACCAAAAGCACGAAGACUUGGGUCAAGCACUUCAUGGUUAGUGGAAAAUGGAAUCUUGAAAAGUUCUAGAAACUCUUCCAGAUCACCUGGUAAAGCACAUUGAAACUAUUGACAUUGGAAGACAAGACCUUAAAGACCAAGUCUAUUGGGAUCUUACAGACAAUGGAAAAUACAACAAUAAAUCGGCAUGGCAGCAGAUUAGAAGUUGCAAUCCUAAAAAUCAUUUUCUUCACAAAGUUUGUCACAAUUCAAUCCCUUUCAAGUUCUCUUUCCUUACAUGGAGACUAUAGCAGGGAAAGUUACCCAUUGAUGAAGUUACCACUAAGUUUGGAAAUCAAGCAGUUUCAAGAUGUAAUUGUUGCAGAAAUCGAGACGCAGAAUCUAUGCUACAUGUGUUUGUGAAAGGUGAAGCGGCUAAUUUCAUUUGGAUGCUAUUUGGUGGUCCAUUGGGGAUCAAAUAUCAUCAAGGCACUAUCAGGAGUUUGAUAAACUCGUGGUGGCAACAUAAGACCGUUAAUGAUGUUCAUAAACUUAUUGUUCAAAUUCUCCCGGUUAUUAUUUGCUGGGAAAUUUAGAAACAAAGAUGCGAUUGCAAGUUUGGUGAUAAGAAAAACUUUAAUUUAUUCAAAAUGGUUCAAACAAUUAGCUGGAUGAUUCAAACUGCCUUGGCUAAGGCAUUUCCUACAUGUAAGUUGACAUUACCCCGGAUCUCCUUUUGUGAAGAAAUGAUCAAAUUGAAGCCUAUUCCUCGGCGUACAACUGUUUGCUCGAAUCUUUCUGAACAUGGGUCUAUAAAGUUGAACACAAAUGAUCACUAGCAGGAAUGAUAAGGGAGAUCUCAUAAUGGCAUUCUCUUUCCCCAUUCUAUGCAACAAUAAUAUGAUUGCAGAAGCACAAGCUACCAAGUUUGGGUCUGAUUGGUGCAUCAGGAAUGGCUACAGAGAGUUCAUCCUGGAACUAGACUCCUAAACUGUUACUCAUAUGAUCACUAGUAAGAGAGCGAACAAUUAUAAAAUAAACAAGAUCAUUGAUGAAAUCUUACAAAUAUUGAACCAUAUUAAUGUCAAAACUCGCCACUGUUUUAGGGAAGCAAACAAAGUAGCCGAUCAAUUAGCCAAAAUUGGUUCUACUAGUGAUGUUGGCUCCUUUUAUUACUCAUUUCAGCAACUUCCUACAGGUGUCAAAGGCCCAUAUCAUCUGGACAAAAGCUAAUUGCCAUGCAUAAGACUUAAACAUGACAGGGCAAAUUUCUUUGUAAGUUGACUUUUUUUGGAUUAGAGCAGAGCAUAAUAAGUCCUCUUUA